AUUUUAUCCGCAGGAAGCGCACAUGGCGAAGCCCUCUCACGUGUAGCUUAUGUUCCUCGCUUUAAGGAGUGUUUUAGAAGUGGGUGCUGAGUUUUUACCAAAAGCUGUGCACGCCGCUUUUCUAAUUUUUUUGUUAACGCACUUGAAGUCAAUUAUUGAAAAAACUUCAAAACAACCGAAGCAAAAACAAAGAGUUCAUCGUCACUGCGUCAGCGCAAGAGGCAGCAUGAUUCGUACCUUUGCUCUGAUAACAGCACUCGCGAUUACGGUACAGUGCCAAGACGACAGGAGGCCGUUUUACGUUAUCGGUCACAUGGUGAACUCUAUCCCACAAGUGAGCCAGUUCCUGGAGCUCGGUGCCAACGCCAUCGAGAGCGACGUGGAAUUCAGCGAAAACGGCACCGCACUCAGGACCUUCCAUGGACUUCCGUGCGACUGCCUGCGAAGAUGCAAGGAGAGCGCAGAUAUCGUGGAUUACUUUCAGUACAUCCGGAACGUCACCGGGUUCAGACACAGCCAAUAUAGCGAAAAACUUCUGCUCGUCUUUCUGGACCUCAAGGUAUCCAAACUACCUCCGGAGAGUAAAUACGCCGCUGGAGUAGACAUCGCCACCAAGCUCGUUCUACAUCUCUGGGACGGAGUACCGUUCUACGACACGAUGAACGUGUUGCUGUCCAUCGGCCGCGCAUCCGACAUGGCCGUGCUCACUGGAGCCAUCGACACAAUAAUAGGUUUCGACCCCAGCCUGUCUCUGUUCAACCAUGUGGGAUUUGAUGUGGGUCUGAACGACAAGCUUGAGAACAUCGCUAAAAUGUACGAACGACUGGGUGUUAAUGGACACCGCUGGCAAGGCGACGGUAUCACAAACUGUCUGGUCAACCUGCGAUCUCCACUCCGACUGAAGGAAACGAUUUCGUACAGAGAUACCAACAAGAGAGAGAGCUACGUCGACAAGGUCUACUACUGGACCGUAGACAAGGUGGCGACCAUAAGGAAGACGAUCCGGAGGGGUGUGGACGCUAUCAUCACGAACAGACCAAAACGCGUGACAGGCGUUCUAGAGGAAGACGAGUUCAAAAAAACUGUUCGACUCGCAACCUACCGGGACGACCCUUGGAUGAGGCUUCAGAGUAAAACAACGGAGCGCAGACCCAAUGAACCUGACUCAGACAUGGAUGAAAUGGGGGAUGAAGCCAGCGAGUUCGAUUUUGAGCCUUUUUCCUACCCGUUGUCUCCUAGAAGACCACUCUCUUCCCGGAGUCCUGCCAUACGAGAUAGUUACAACGUAUGGCCACAGCACAAUCCUUUGAGCCCCUUUUACUAAGCCAGGUCACAAUGAACUGACUGCCGACCAUAUUUACCACGAAUUAUAUAUUGUUCGAAUUUUGAAAA